AUAGAUGCGGAACAGGGGAGAAGGAGAGUCGAGCGGGCGAACCGAAGCAGAGGGGGCGGUGGACAGCUGCCCUUCACGAUCAUUUCGGCACAUUUUCAUACAAACGCGGCCAUUUCGUCGGUUGUAUCGGAAUAUAAAAAUAAACAGUGACGAUGGCACAGUCAGACACCAAGAAGAUAUUCUUUGAGAACCUCUCUGGAGCAGGGAAAGCCAUCGCCGUGCUGACGAGCGGAGGGGAUGCUCAAGGGAUGAAUGCUGCUGUGCGUGCUGUGGUUCGAAUGGGGUUAUAUGUUGGUGCAAAGGUUUAUUUCAUUUGUGAGGGGUAUCAGGGUAUGGUGGACGGUGAGGAGAACAUAACAGAAGCCACAUGGGAAAGUGUCUCCAGCAUGCUUCAAGUGGGUGGGACAGUUAUUGGCAGUGCCCGCUGCAAAGACUUUCGCACCCAUGAAGGACGACUGAAGGCCGCUCUCAACUUGGUGAAGCUUGGCAUCACCAACCUGUGUGUGAUUGGUGGAGAUGGCAGCCUGACGGGAGCCAACCUCUUCAGGGAAGAAUGGAGUGGGUUGCUGGCGGAACUGGUAGAGCAAGGUUCUAUUGAGGACCAGUCUGUUCAGAAUUACUCCGCCCUUCACAUUGUCGGGAUGGUGGGCUCUAUUGAUAACGAUUUCUGUGGAACCGACAUGACAAUAGGCACAGACUCUGCUCUACACCGAAUCAUUGAGGUGGUGGAUGCAAUUAUGACAACCGCACAGAGUCACCAGAGGACAUUUGUUUUAGAAGUAAUGGGCAGACAUUGCGGCUACCUGGCCUUGGUUAGUGCCUUGGCUUGUGGAGCAGACUGGGUGUUAAUCCCUGAGAUGCCUCCGGAGGAUGGCUGGGAAGAGAAGAUGUGUCAAAAAUUGUCUGCGAAUCGAGCAGGGAUGAAAAGGCUGAAUAUCAUAAUAGUAGCCGAAGGGGCGAUUGACCGUAACAACAAGCCCAUUACUACUGACUGUAUUAAGGAUCUUGUUGUCAAAUGUUUGGGUUUCGACACACGAGUGACAAUCCUGGGUCACGUGCAGCGAGGAGGGACCCCUUCUGCUUUUGAUCGUAUCCUGGCCAGUCGAAUGGGUGUGGAGGCUGUUCUUGCCUUGCUCGAGACCACAGCCAACACGCCAGCCUGUGUGGUCUCUCUAAGUGGUAACCAAUCAGUGCGCUUGCCUCUGAUGGAAUGUGUACAGAUGACUCAAGAGGUGCAGAAGGCAAUGGACGAAAAAAAGUUUGAGGAGGCAGUUAAACUCCGAGGCAGGAGUUUUGAGAACAACCUGAGGACAUACAAACUGCUGGCUCAUCGUAAACCAGAGUCUGAACUGCCGACUAGCAAUUUCAACGUGGCAGUGUUGAAUGUGGGCGCACCUGCGGCAGGCAUGAAUGCGGCUGUCCGUUCAGCUGUCAGGGUGGGCAUCUCAGAGGGGCACAAAAUGUUUGCUGUCAAUGAUGGGUUCGAGGGAUUCUACAAAGGUCAGAUUAAGGAGAUUAAAUGGUCUGAUGUUGGAGGAUGGACAGGACAGGGAGGAUCUCUGUUGGGAACUAAAAGAACACUCCCCGCAAAACAUGUUGACAAAAUUGCUGAGCAGAUGCGAACUCACAAUAUAAAUGCACUGCUGGUGAUUGGUGGAUUUGAGGCCUUCCUGUCGCUGCUGGAGUUGUUAACGGCGCGCGGGAAGUAUGACGAGUUCUGUGUGCCCAUGAUCAUGGUCCCAGCAACAGUCUCCAACAAUAUACCGGGCUCAGACCUCAGCAUUGGGGCUGACACAGCUCUGAAUGCCAUUACUACUGCGCUUGAGAGUCUGCUGCAGCUGUAUGAGGCACGCGCUACCUAUGAGGAGUUUUGCAUCCCGAUGUGUAUGCUGCCUGCCACCAUAAGUAACAAUGUACCGGGUACAGAUCUAAGUAUCGGUGCAGACACGGCCCUCAAUGCCAUCGUGGAGACUUGCGACCGCAUCAAGCAGUCAGCCAGCGGGACAAAGAGGCGCGUGUUCAUCAUCGAGACCAUGGGGGGCUACUGUGGCUACCUGGCCACCGUGGCCGGUCUGGCUGCAGGGGCCGACGCCGCAUACAUCUACGAGGAGCCCUUUGACAUCAGGGACCUGCAGGCCAAUGUUGAGCACUUGACAGAGAAAAUGAAGACAAGUAUUCAACGAGGCCUAGUACUCAGAAAUGAGAACUCUAAUGAAAACUACACCACAGACUUCAUCUACCAGCUGUACACUGAAGAAGGCAAGGGUGUGUUUGAUUGCAGAAAGAAUGUGCUGGGACACAUGCAGCAGGGGGGAGCUCCAUCUCCAUUUGACCGAAACUUUGGGACCAAGAUCUCUGCCAAGGCAAUGCAGUGGGUCACCAAAAAGCUGCUGGAGACGUUCAGACAAGGCAGAGUGUUUGCUAACACUGAGGACAGUUGCUGCUUGCUGGGAAUGCGCCGUAGGGCUCUGAUCUUCCAGCCAGUGGUACAACUUAAGGGGGAGACUGACUUUGUUCACAGAAUCCCCAAGGAGCAGUGGUGGCUGAAGCUUCGUCCUCUGAUGAAGAUCCUCGCCAAGUACAAGACGAGCUAUGAUGUCUCGGACUCAGGCCAGCUGGAACACGUCGUACACAACAGGCCAAAAGACUCGGACGCUUCUGUGGCCAUGUGAAGAUGUCCGGCCGCAAAGUCCAAGCCUGUGUGUUAACUGAGGUGUGAGCUCCACAUGUUGUCUAAGCUCCAGUAACAACGCACCCCUAUGUGGAUGUAGUCAUUGACCUGUAACCUAACCUCAGAAAUGUUCCUAGUAACAAAUGCAAUUACUGUACUCUCACGGACACACACAGCUUCUCUGACACAAAGAUGUCCUGGAUGUUUAUUCAUGUCAUGUUUGUUUUUAAAUUUUGCACUUUCCCUGGCUCCAGUUAUGUAGGCAGCCUCUGAGGCCACAGCUGCGCAAGGACACUGCUCCCAAAACAGAUAACUUACUCAUAAAACAUGAGGGAUAUUGGGCUUUGUGGUGGACAUUUCAGGAUGAACCUAAAACAGUUGGACAUAUGCAUUCAAACUUCACCUAAAGUUAUAGUGCAUUUUAGGUGUGUCCUGAAAUUUCACCCCAAAGCUUUAUAUCUUUUUGUAAGCAAUGUACAUUGUGUCUCUGUCUUUAUUUGUAAUUAGUGUGAGGCUCAACAUGCAUGUGAAAUGCAACACUGCUAUCAACCCAAGCAAAGAGGAGUGCGUGCCAGGCUGUGUACACUGAGACCUAAUAUUUAUCUUUUUAACAUAGUUUAUUUUGUGUGUCAACAUGGGUAUAUCGUUAUCAUGAAUUGUAGGCACUGCUGUAACUGUUUGACACAAUGCACAAACUUGUUAGAUGUGAAUAAGAAUAAACAAUUUAACAUGUGUGCCCUA